AGGAUCGAGCUAUUUUCACAGGCUGUUUUAUUAUGCGUAUAAUCAGAUAGGCCACACAGUCCCAAUAUAAACAUCUUGCGGUAAACCGUGAUGCCAUGACAGAAAAUCCUGGUUCUACUAUGAUUUGUCCGCUUUCUUCAUCCUUUUUUUAUAGUUUUGUUUCAUCCAUGGAGGAUCGUCUCCAAGAUGCCAUCGUUUCCUGGGCGCAUUCAGAUCCCGACGUCUCGCUGUCUGUGACCAAAAAAGUAGAUGCGACAUAAGUAGGGAGACGAGGGAUUCAAGGCACUUAGUAUUAUAGUGAUUAGUAUUUUUGAGGCCAGCCCGGUUAAAAAAAGCGAAAGUACUUCCGGGUUUUAGGACUACAAUCUGUAACACUCUAUGGAGUCACAGCCAUAGAUGGAUAGGGAUACGGGCUAGCAGGUGUGUAACUGGUGGAAGGCGAUGAACGACACUCCUCCGGAACAAGCUGGACGCGAUGGCGAUUGAUCAGGUGGAAUUGUCUUGAAUCAAUAUGUCCAAACCAAUGGAUCACGUUAAGCGACCCAUGAACGCAUUUAUGGUGUGGUCCAGAGCGCAGCGACGAAAAAUGGCACAAGAGAACCCGAAAAUGCACAACUCCGAGAUCAGCAAGAGAUUGGGUGCGGAGUGGAAACUUCUCACCGAGUCGGAGAAAAGGCCGUUCAUUGACGAAGCGAAACGUCUGCGAGCCAUGCAUAUGAAGGAACAUCCUGAUUACAAAUAUAGACCGCGGCGGAAGCCAAAGACAUUAAUGAAAAAAGACAAGUUUGCUUUCCCUAUGCCCUACACCCUAGGAGAUCACGAAUCGCUGAAAGCGAACGGUUUACCUUGUGGAACGCUCUCUGAGUCUUUAAUUGGGAAUCCGGACAAAGCAGCAGCAGCGGCCGCGGCUGCGGCAGCCAGGGUCUUCUUUAACCCUUCUGUAUCUACGAACCCGUAUUCAUUUUUUGACCUUGGGUCGAAGAUGGCAGAAAUAUCGUCGCCGUCAUUUCCAUACGCAUCCCCUCUGGGGUACCCAAGUGGCACGACUGCCUUCUCCGGAACUGGGACUGUCGGGAGCGGGACCCAUACGCACACUCAUUCGCACCCUUCUCCCGGAAACCCUGGCUAUAUGAUACCAUGUAACUGUGCCGGCUGGGCUUCGGCAGGUGUCCAGCCGCCACUGGCCUAUAUUCUGCUUCCAGGAAUGGGUAAACCCCCCCUUGAACCUUACCCAGCCUACGCUGCGGCGUUAUGAUGCUUUGGACUGAACAAAAGUUUUUAUUUGUAAAGACAAUAUGUGCAAGUUUUACUAAACGCGUGCACAUAUGUUUACAUGUGAUACAAUUCACGCCGUUUCAGGUUCAUCACAUGCGUUACGUGUAUAAAUUAAUGCCUUCAUACAAGGAAAUGUUUGCAUUGUUGUUACGGAGAACUCUUUACAAACAGUGCUUUCCGCCAUCAACACCACAAUACCCAGACGGAAUUAUGAAAUGACGGCUAAAGCACUGAACCGUUUUGUACAUUUCAUGUUCAUGAGAUUUUAAAAACUGUAUUUAUUUUUUUCAAUUUGGUUAUUACUCUUGGGCAGCAGAGGACAGGUUCUAAAGUGAAUUAUACCGUCGACAAUACGAACAGCUGUAUGAAAUGGCAUCAUAUUAGGUUCCAACCUGUUGCAAAAACACCUGCUGGAUAUAUCUGUCCGAAUAGUCUACAGUUUCACAGAGUGAUCUGAGGCUUACGCAGGGGAAAAAUUCGUUUAUAUCAUUCACUUCUGAUUUUAAAGGAACUGUGCGAUUACUUUAAACAAUUGUUCGCGAAUAGCCUAAUAGGCUACAACUGAGUAAUUUAUGUUGACAGCGAGGCGACAUAGCUCUAGUCUCAAGGAUCCGCCGGUAUCGCUAAAACGUGUAUAUGUAUCCAGAAAAAUGACGUCGAUGGGUCAACCAGAGAUUUAUCGGGUUUGUUUGACACUACAUUCAGUGUAUAUCCUGAGCUUUUAAACACUGUUUUAUAGAUAUGUGUCAUAUUUAUUGUUUAGUGCAAGAAUUACUGUGGCCUGAUUUACGAGAGAGCUGAGUCUGUCCCAUAACAUUUGCACAAUAAACUUGGAAGUGCUUAUUGGGGGUAAAGAUUAAAUCUUUACCUUCAAAGAAACGCA